UCUCCUCCCACCUCCUCCGCCUCGGCCAGGGCGGUGGUGGCGGCCGAGGACGCCUCCCCCGACUCCAAGUGCCCGAUCUGCCUGGACCGCUUCAACAACCUGGCGUACCUGGACCGCUGCCUGCACCGCUUCUGCUUCCCGUGCAUCCAGGAGUGGUCGCACAACAAGGCCGAGUGUCCGCUGUGCAAGCAGCCGUUCGCCUCCAUCCUGCACUCGGUCCGCGCCGAGGACGACUUCAAGGAGUACACGCUGCGCCCGCCGCCCGCCAACAGCAGCGUGGCCGCCACCGUGGCCAUGGUGGCGGCGAUGGCGUCGGCGGCGAGGAGCAACCAUCAGAUGAGGCUGAUGCUGCGGAGGCACCGGACGGCGGACGGCCUGGAGACGAGCACGAGGAGGCGCAGGAGAGAGAGGGGCGGGCGAGGAGGAGGAGGAGGGAACAGGAGGACGGGGGUGUGGGAGUGGUACCUCGACUCUCCUCCUCUUCCUCUGCCGUCUCUUCCUCACCAUCCCGCCGUCUCCCCCGUGGUGGCGGAGGACAGCGGCGAGGGGGAGGACCCGGACCAGCAGAGGACGAGGGGCGGAGCCGACCUGGCGGAGCGGGGGGUGAUCUUCGAGGGGCUGACGGGCCUCGGGGGGGCGAGGACGCACAACGACCGGGCCACCCGGCGCCUGAUGACCCGCCUGGCGACCAGGCAGCGGCUGCAGCGGGACGGGGGAACCGUGCGGCGUCUGAGGGAGAGAGAGACGGUGGCGUUCCGCCGCGCGCUCUACCGCAGCGGCGUACGGGUCCGUGGCGUUGCCGGGGGUAACCAGGGACCGCCGUGCGACAUCACAGCGGAGAGCUUCCGGCGUAACCCCGUCCACUUGAACAAGCUCCGCCCCUGGCUGCGGCGGGAGCUCACGGUGCUCUACGGCGCUCACGGCACGCUGGUCGACAUCGUCCAGCGCAUCAUCAUGGCGCAGCUCGCACGCCACGGGCUGGAGGACUCGCCCACCAUCGAGGACGAGCUGCGGCCCUUCCUGCUGGCUCGCACCGACCACUUCCUGCACGAGCUGGUCAACUUCGCCCGCUCGCCGCUCAGCCUGGAGAACUACGACCUGCAGGCGCUGUACGAGCCGCCGGCCGCCGCCCUGGAGCUGGACGGCAUCAGCAGCGCGUCCGACAGCAGCUCGGUCAUCGCCAUCUCCGAGGGGGAGGAGCACGAGGCCGGGGGCGGGUCCGAGGACGUCAUCCAAACAGGAAGCUGCCUCAGUAUGACGGGCUGGGACGACGAGACUCCGGGCCCCUCCUACUCCACCGCCGAGCCUUCGUGUUCGCUGGCCUCGCUGUCGUUUAGCCCCGCCCCUCAGGAGGCGGCCAAUCAGGAGGGGGAGAAGGGGGAGGAGGAGUGUCUGAUCGUGGGAUACAAGAAGCCGAUCGCCGAGCGGACGCCGGAGCUGGUGCAGCUGUCGUCCGACUCCGAGGGGGAGGAGAAGAAGGAGGAGCUUCCUCCUCUCGCCACCACCCCCCCUCCUCCUCCUCCUCUUCCUCACAUACCCACAAUCCCCCCCUCCACAUCUGCCGCCUUCCAGGAGGAGCCGGACGACCAGCGGAAGGAGAAAGACGGCGAAGCGGGCGGGCCUUGUUCACGUGCACGCUCGUGGUCGGCGAGCUCUGGGCGGAGCUCGGAGUCGGUGUGCACGCUCAGCCCGGGCGAGCGGCGGGAGGACGGCCGCAGAGACUGGAAGCAGCUCGGCAGCGAGACGGCGAGGGAGAGGAGGAAGAGGAGGAGGAGGAGGAAGAGGACGGGUCCGGACCGGAGCGGGACUCUGUGCAACCCCAACCGCUCCAUCUACCCCGCCAUGAUGUGCCACCCGGCGCAAUCCCCCUCGCCGUUUCCCUCCAGCGUGGAGUCCAGCUCUCCGCCCGACUCCAGCGUCGAGUACCGCUGCUCCCCCCUCUCCUCCUCCUGCGCCUCCUCCCGCUCCUCCUCGGCCUUCUGCUUCUCCCCGCCGCUGCUGUCCUCGCCGCUCGCCCGGACGCCGCCCGUGCUCUCCCCCGGCGACGCCCACCACAGAGACAAACCCGGCGGGAAGAGGAAGUACAAGAGCCGCCACCUGGACAGCAACGACAAGGACCCGACCUGGAGGCCGCAGAGCGGGAGGCCGGAGGAGAAGCAGCGGGAGAGGAGGAGGAAGAGGGGGAGGGACGGAGGGAGGAGGAGAGACGCACAGAGGAGGGAGAGUGACGGCCUCAGCAGGAGGAACCGAGACGAUCGCAGUCCCAGCGUGGAGAUCAUCUACGAGGGAACCAUCCUGUCCGACGCCACGCAGCGCCCCCCCGACAGGAAGCGCCGCAGGAAACGCCACCGGAAGAACCGCCACAGCAGCUCUCCAGUCAUCAUCACCCUCGACAGCGACACGAGCCACGAUGACGACGCCCACAACAAACCUGGCGGUGGGGGGGGCAGCAGCAGCAGCAGUCCCCUCAGCAGCCAGCAGACCGUCGACUUCUCCGACCUCCCUCCGCUCCCGUUGGUGCACUCUGCCGGUGUGGGCGGGGCCUUGGAUGAAGACAUCGGCGACCUUCCUGUGGACAUCCUGGACAGAGGGUCAGACGGGUCGGAGGCGGAGCCACCAGGCCGGUCGGAGGCCGUGGGUCCCGUCGCCGUCGACAACAACAGCGAUCACGAUGUGGAUGUGGAACACGUGGAGGAGGGCGGGUCGCUGGUGGCGUGCGGCCUUCAGCCAACCGGAGACAACAAGUUCAUCCCCAUGGCGACGGAUCACCGCAAAAGAAACUCUGAGGUCUCGACUUCUGACACUCGUCUCCUAGCAACCAUCCUCGACGACCUGAGGGGAAUCGCUGCUCCGAAAUGUGACCGUCCUCUGACCUUUGACCCCAGUCGUUCACCCGACUCGAGGAAAAAGCGUUUUCAGGAUCUGCACGAGGCUCGUCCGAAGCUGAGCGGCCGGUGGGCUGAGCCCAGAGUUCCUGAUGUCACCGACCUGCCGCCGUGUCGUAAGACCCCCCCGCCGCUGCCUCCUCUGCAGCAGAUGGACUUCAGGGUGGGAGGGGACGGCGUGGACGUCCCGCCGCUCCUCAGACAGGCCAGUCCGGUGCGAGCCCAUCACAGAAACACGCCGCCGCCAUUAAAACACAAAGAUGCAGGAAGUCCUCACCUGUCCCCUGCUGAGCGCCUCUCGCCUCACGCCUCUGCUGAACGCCAUUUUCAUCCCGCUGCUGACUCCCGCUGUGCCCCUGAGGCCGACGCCCCCAACUCAGCGCUGAAGAAACAUUUGAAAAGCUCUCUGGCGUUGAGAGGAGUCGUGGCGCCCGACUCGCGUUCGCCCGCUUUGACCACGGGCAUCAAACCCGCGAGUCCCGUGGAUUCAUCGUCUGCUUCUGCAAACGGUUCCACGCAUUCUGAUGUUUCACCACAUGUGGGCGUCAUGAACUCUUUCCAUUCGUCAGAGGAACAUUCCAGCUGUGAUGUCACAGAAGAGACUUCUUUCUCUGUUCGUCGAUCUUCAGCCGUUCACGUUGAUCCCGUUCAUUCUGUUGAUUUCCAUUCAGCCGUCAGCGGCUGGUCCAAAGAGAAGCUGCCUCACAAUCACUCUACCUCCGGAGCCGAUCAGACGUUCAGGCCCUCUUCCUGUCGGGUGGCGCCCGUUUCCAGUAGCGCUGGAGACUUCCCAGCAGGUAGUGGCGUUUUCUCAGGAGUUAAUUCCAACGACGCGUCUCCUCUUUUGCUUUCAACUGUUGAUUCCAGGAAUCACUCGUCUCCCGUCAGGUCGUUGCCCGUCGACCUCCUUCGUCAAAUUCCCGAUUGCACUGACCCCCGCUCGUCCUGUGCAGCUGCCGAGCGACUGACGGACACGUUUUCAGUCGUCACCCGUGGGGACGCAUCACUUCCUGUUGGUUUUCACUCUAUGAACCCGUCCCCGGCCUCUGACGGACACUUCAACCACGCAGCCUCGCCCACGUCACGCAGGAAGUGUCUUUCCGAUCCUCCGGUCGAGUCGCUCUCAAAACACUCGACCGAUUCAAACCAUCACAACCACUUUGAUCCUGUCGACGCCCACAGAGACGAUGGCGUCACGCCCCCCCCACACAACCAGUGGAACUCUAACGCCUCCGCUGACGCCCACUCGGACUCGUUCGCCCUUUGACGAAUGGUUGCCCGGCGCCACGUGGUGGAGCGAAUAUCCGAAAUUCACUUUUGAUUUUGACUAUUUUCGUUUUGUUGAUUUUGAAAUGUUCCUCCUCUCGAUCCUCUGGACACAUUUGUUCUCGCCGAAAAGAAUGGACGAUGAAAUUAUAAUUUUGUUAGUGUGAUAGUUGUUUUUCUGGGGCUGGGACAAAGCAUCGAAAUAUUUAGUAUUUUCAACAAAAAAGAAUGAUUGGAAGAUGUUAUCAAACCCUGGUGACAAAAAAUGUAAUCGUGGUUUGAUAUUUUCGGUUUAACCCUAAACUUUAUUAUAAGUAUUAAUAAAAAAAGACAAAUACAACCAAAUGUUAAAGAAAAAAAUGCAUUAACUAUAAUAAUUAAUGUUUUCUAUGUGACCUUUUCAACAUUUUCUAUUUCUUUCGUCUUAUUUUUUUUUUUUAAUAUAGCCACUAAUCGAUAAAUCAUUCGGGAUCGAGAUUUGAAAAGAAAAUACUACUGAUUACCAGAAAAAGAAUUGUACUGGGUGAUAAAAUGAUGCCUGGUCCCGCCUCCAGUUGAUGGACGAGUCACAUGAAACUAUGAACGCAGGGUUGUUGACCACGCCUCCUGUCUGUCAAUCAAGCUCAGACGUUGUAUAAAACAGUAGCUGGUGUUAAAUAAAACAGGGAUUAAGUUAACGGGAUGAACUGUUUCAAUUCAAGGUGAAAAGGAAAAUACGUAAUCUGCAAAUACAUGAUUAAAUAAAAUAAGUUUGGGAUGUCACAGCUGCGGUGUGCGAUGAUUGGACUCGUAAACGUGUAAGUGAGAGAAGCUGUGAAGGAAGUGUCAAACCUAAAGUGAUCACAUAAAACUGACCAUUUGUAAGAAUGUUUAAUAAGCCAUAAAGAUGGACGACAUAAUGGCGGAUGUAAAAUCAUUUUUUGAAAUGUUUUAAUUCCUUGUAAUGUUCUUUAUUUGUUUUAUUUUUAAUUAAAUGCUUCUCGGUGGAACUGGAGAUUGGGCAGCUUUCAUUUUCACGUCUGAGCAAAUUCGGGUGCGUUUUGGUUUCCUCACCACCAGAGGGAGCCAGACUCAAGCUUUCACCUCCUCUGUGCCCCAUCACAUCCUCUCUCUCUCUCUCUCUGACUGAGGGAUGAUGAGUCUCCAGGGGGCGACAGAGUUUCACCCACACUAAUUAAAACUAAUCAGGCCCCUGUUACCGGCUGUUAACCACUGUGGUGGAUCAGCUGACUCCCGACCAAAAGUGAAAGAGACAAAAACUACAAAAAAAAUCCCCUCAAACGUGAUCAGGGACGAGAUCACUGAUCAGAAAUAAACUUUUACAGUCGUCUUGCAGCCACUCACGCAUCUCAGAAACAUCACAGUUGCUAUGGUUACGCUGGUGUAACCAUGAUAUUCAUUAAUUGACUAAAUAUAAGGAGGAUUAAAUGAAGUAGUUUGAUAAUUAUAUUGAUUUUCCUCAGUCUGAAAGUGGUGCCUAAUAAAAUGGUCACAAAGCGCAGAUGAAAAAUGGGAGUCAUGUUUAACGAUUUAGUUAAAUAGACGACGGAUUGUUAAAUUUCUGAAACAUUAAAAAGUCGAAUAAUUAACG